AAGGUCAGUGUUACUGUCUCGUGAUUGGGUCUCUCUCACAGAAAGCCAUCCUAACAAAUGUAAGCUUUUUCCUGACGUCAGUCUCGUCAGGGUUCACAUACACCAGUUGUUUUUCCGCGUGUAGACUUUAAAGACAACACCCAGCGAGUUAUUCCAUUCACUUUGCCUUUGUUUUCAUUCUUCUUCCACCAGCGAUGGCUUUCACCAGAUUUCUAGUUUUCUUUGCGGCUGUUAUCGUCGCUGCUCUUGGCCAGACCCACCUUCAACAUCAGUAUGAACAGCAACAGCAGCAGCAACAACAGCAACAGCAGUGCAAUAUUGAAGAGUGUCUCUUGAAGCUUCGUGACCCUGACCCUGUCAACGAGGGCGACAUCAAAAUAUUUUGCGCACGAACUGCUGAGGGCCUAGGUUGUUUGGACCGUUGUCUGGAUUCACCCCUCUACCAAGCCACCAGUCCUUUCGUGAUGGGAGGUGUCAAGCAAUUGCUAUCUGAGAUUUGUGCACCAGGAUCAAGUCUCGGAAAACGCUACUUGCAAGAAUCUAAAUGCCUCAAUCACCAGAACACUACCGUAAUGGAUUGCGCUGCUUCAAUGAUUGAUAAAUAUCCCGCUCUCAUCCAAAGACCUGAUCCAGACUCAAUCAUCAAAGUUUUCUGUUGUUCCAUUGAUCGAACCGGUGAGUGUAUCUCUGAACGAGUUCACAAAGACUGUGGCAGAAGUGCCUCAAAACUUGUCUCUGAAAUGAUGGGAAAAGCCUUUUAUCCUAUCAAUCAAGUGAUCUGCUAUUACAACGAUCCAUCCAAAUGCCCACAAUUCUAAGAGCAAAAGAAGAACACUUCAAUGCAGAACAGUAUUAAUCAUGCUCUAUUUUCACAGUAAAAUCACACUAUUCCCAAGCAUCAAAUUCAUGAAAUAUCACCCUACCAAAAAAUCAUCGUUGUAAAAAUGUUACGCAACAUUUAAUAAUUUCGAUGGAACAUUACCUCACGUAUCAUCUACGUCAAAAUUCUAAAUAAUUAAAACCUUCAAUGAUUAAAAAAAUAUCAUUACGCUAAUAAAAAAUCUUCGUAAAUAUUCUAUACAAGUAAAAUUUUUAACGAUUAGUGGAACAUCUCCACACGAUUAAAAUAUAGCAAAAAUUCUAAAAAUUUAAAUUUCCAGUGAUUAAAAAAUAUGAGCAUUGGAAUUAAGAACAACAUUCACAUUUCUUAUUAAAUUAUAAUUGAAUGCUGUCGUUGCAAUUCUAACUAGUAAUAAACAUUCAGUAACAGUAACUAUAAAACAAAAUCUAUCAUAGCUCUACAAAUUAACAUCGAUAUUAACCGAGACAUAUUCAGAAGUAUUAAAUUUGAGCUAAAAAUUUAAUUUUUAGUAAUUGAACACAUAAAAUUCUUUACCAAACCCAAAUUGUAACUUUAAACAGUAUUUUGUCGCAUAAUUAACGAAAUAGUAAGCAAACAAGGCAUAUUUAAAUCUUUACUCAUGCAAUAUAGAAUACCCAGCAUUUCUUUAACUGAAUUCGCUUUUACUUUCUUUUUAAAGCAAGCGUCAUUUUAUUGUCUGAGGAUUCGAUCUCAAUUACUAAAUAUGUAUGAAUCAUAGUAUAAAAAAAACACCAAUUUUUUUCUUCAAAAAUGUAAAAUUUGUUUCUAUAAAUAAAAAAAUAUUUCUUAAGAAAGUGCUACUAAAACUAAAUAGGUCACGCAAUUUAAAAUAAUAUUGCAGGAUUUUUAAUAACUAAAACGCAAUAAAUCAAAUAAUUUCAAGAAUUUAGUACUCUGAUAAAUUUGUUAUUUACCAAAAUUAAUAUUUAAUUUAGAUCAAUAUUAAAAUCGCAAAGAAAUUUCGCGAGAUUUUAUUGUUCUUAAAAAACAAAACAAAAAGCAAAUUGAUCUCAUCUAUGUAUUAUAUUUUUUCAUCUAAGUCCAUCCUUCUAAGUCGGAAAAUUCAUCAUGAGUCGUUUACCAGGAUUGAUCCUGUUUUAGAUUCAUUUGUAAACAUCUUGUAAAUAAAGAUUCCUUUUGUAUUUC